AUGGGUCGUCAAGACGUCGACGUCGAGCUCGACGCCGACGUCAAGGCGUUCGCGUCCACGCUCGGUUUCGUCGACGCCACCGCGUCGAAGGGCACCGCCAGAGGUUUCGACGACAGAGAUUUCCGAGCAUCGCACGCGAAGAAAAAGGUUGAGGCAGCGGCGGCGGCGGCGAGCCCGAGCGCGAGCAAUGUCACGACACCGCAUCGCGAUCGUCGCCACGGCGACGGCGCGCGGGAACGGCGAUCGCGCGCGCGAAAUAAAGGUUCUGACGACGCCGCGGAUGACGCCGCGGAUGAGAAUCGAGACGACGGAAGAGGAAAGUCUCGAGCCGGCGGCGCGCGAGGCGAAGACGCCGCGGCGACGGGAACGAAGAAGCGACCGUGGAAUCCAGGGGCGGGACCGAUGCCGGGUAAGACGGACGAUAAGUCGGCAAACGGGGCGAAUGAUGCGCUGGCGAGCGCGCGAGGCGGUGCUUGGUACGAGGUGUCGAGAGCGCUGAGCGAGGAAAUCGGGGCGGAGGCGAGACGGGCGUCGACGGCGAAGGAGGUCACGCGUCAAGAUCUCGAGACGAAGGAAACCGUGGCGAAGAGCGCGUUGGAGGAGCGCGUGAAUACGUUCUCGAAACGAAUGCAGAGACAGAGCGACGCGAACGCCAAGUGGUUGGAGAUGGUGCGCACGAAUGGUACGGCGAGCGACAAGGUAGCCGCAAACGUGCUGAGCGUCACCGAGGAUCCGGCGGCGAACUUGAAAGCUCUAGAGCACUUGUUGGGUAUCGUCGAGCGCGCUCGCGCGAGUGGGGGAAAACGCGGGGCGGUGCAGUCCAUUGGUGCUCUCGAAGCGUUGUUCAGAGAGAGCUUGCUUCCGGAUCGAAAGUUGAAGUAUUUCAGCGAGCAACCGCUCGCCGCGGCCGCUAGCGCUCCUCACGAACGCAAGCGAUUGAUGUACUGGUAUGUCGAAGACUCCAUCAAGCGCAUGUACUUGCGAUUCAUUGGUGCAUUGGACGAGCUAUCGAGGGAUCCUCUGCCCAUCCUCAAGGAAAAGUCUCUCAAGAGUGCGUACGCGCUGCUCAAGGCAAAGCCCGAGGGCGAGCGUCAGUUGUUGAAUAUUCUCGUCAACAAGCUUGGCGAUCCCUCUCGAAAGAUCGCCUCGAGCGCGUCAUACUUGUUACUAGAACUAAUCAAAGUGCACCCGGCGAUGAAGAGCAUCAUCGCGCGCGAGGUGGAGGCGUUCACGUUUAGAAGAGGCGUUGGACUCAAGGCGCAGUACUACGCCGCGGUGAUGCUGAAUCAAAUCCCGCUCUCUCGCAAGGGCACCGGACCCGCUCUCGCGGAGCAGCUCGUCGAGGCUUAUUUCGGGUUAUUCCAGUAUCUCUACAAGUUGUCGCUGAAGAAGGAUCUUGCGGAGGAGGAGGAGGAGAAAACGGAGGCAAAGAAGGACAAGAAACGUCAUCGGGAUGGUGGUCGGGGCGGUCGCGGUGGUCGCGGCGGUCGUGGUGGUCGCAGUGGUCGCGGAGGUCGCGGCGCUCGCGGCCGAGGAGGCAAAAAUAACAAGCCGGCCCAACCCACGCAGUUGGGGGCCGGUGUUGACGCUCGAGUUGUCGCAGCCUUGCUCACUGGGAUCAACCGUGCGUUUCCGUACGUCGCAAGCGAAAAGGUUGAUGCGCUCAUUGACCGUAUCUCACCCGCUCUGUUCACCAUCGCUCACUCACCAAAUCUCAACGGUGCUCUACAAGCGAUGAUGCUUCUUUUCCAGCUGUUGUCGGCUCGCUCGUCCGUGAGCGAUCGAUACUAUCGCGCGCUGUACGCGCUGCUUCUUCACCCUGGACUGGCGCGUUCGUCCAAUAACGCCCAAGUGCUCUCAUUGAUUUUCAAAAGUCUUCGAGAAGACGUUGUUCCGAAGCGUGCAGCGGCCAUGGUAAAGCGCGUGCUUCAAGUUGCCUCCCAAGCGCCCGCCACGUUCGCGUGCGGCGCUCUCAUGGCGGUGAGCGAAUUCUUGGCCAAACAGCCUUCACACUGGAACGCGAUUCGUGAGCCGCGUCAGGUCGAUGACGACGCGCUGGAACACUUCAGCGAUGUCAAAGACGACCAUAAAGACGAUAACCGUACCGGACUGUUCGAGGGUGACGCCGACGGUGACGCCGACAACGAGAGUGAUAAAUCGUCCGACGACGAGGUUGAGGACGGCGGCGGCGCCAGGCAAAACGGCCCAAUUUCGAGCGAUCGCUACGAUAUGGAGAAACGAGAGCCCCUCUACGCGCGUGCUGAGCUCUCUAGCUGGUGGGAACUCAACGUUCUCGCCGCCAACGCGCACCCAUCCGUGGCGGCGAUGUCGAGAACGUUGCUCGAGGGAAAACCGAUUGAAUACGACGGCGACCCUCUCUCUGACAUGACGCUCACCGUGUUCCUAGACAAAUGGUUGCAGAAGAAGCCAAAGAAGAAGACCAAGGGGGGUGGAUCUGCUGUCAUGCGCGCGGUGGAAUCUGGUGCGGACACGACGUACAUGCCCGGCACGGCGGAGUUCGCGUCGCUCAUGGAAUCCGAAGUCGAUCCCUCGGACAUCUUCUUCCAUCGAUACUUCGCCAACAAGUCCGAGAAAGCGGCGGCGGCGACGAAGAAAUCGGAUAAAAAGUCAACAAGUGAAGAAGAUGACGAAGCCGCGUCGGACUCCGAUCCCGAUGGAGAGAUGCCGAAGAAAAAGUACGACGACAGCGAAUCAGAAGGCGAGGACGCCGCCGAGGAUUUUGAGCUGGAAGAAAUCAAACUCGACGACGCUUCGGAUUCAGACGACGAAGAUGCCCUCGCCGUGCCCCUCAAGAAGGUUCGAAAGGGAGAUUUCAACGAGGACACGGACGAGGAGGCGGAGGAGGAAUUCUACAAAUCCGAACGCCAAGAGGAAGGCAUCGAGGAUGACACGUACGGCUUGGACGCGCUCGCGAAGGCUUACGGCAAACCUCCAGGGUAUCUCGUCAAGGAAGCCGCGGCGAAGGAACGUGAGAAGGAAGUAGCUGCGAUCAAGGCGAUCAAGAGCGCCGUGAGAAAAUCAUCAGCCGACGUGGACGAGGAGAUAGGCGUCGAAGGUUUUGACUCGGGCGGCGUGUUCGCCUCCGUCGACGAUUACGAAGAAAUGAUCGAUGCGGACAACGCCAGGGCUUUGGACCCAUCUAAAAUGGACGACGACGACGACGACGACGACGACGACGACGACGUCAAUCUCGACACCGAAGACGAUUCGGACGACGCCCCCACCGCCGCCGAGGACGACGCCGACUCGAGCGACGACUCCGCGGACGCGCGCGCGAUGAAACCGACUGAGCGCUCGACGCCGUCGUCCACGGCGCCGCGUUCGAGCGUGCGUUCGAAGCGUAGAUAG